AUGCGGUACGGCAUUUUACGAGCACCAAUUUCAGAGAAAAACACUUUUGGGGAGCACGCGGGCCGCUUACCCAUCAUGCACAGGAAAUUCAUGUCUCUCGUUAACAAAGUUCCAGGUCGGCGACUGGACGAAGUGGCGAACUUUAUCAACCGGAGAAGGCAACUGGAGUUACUGCGGGAAAACGAGCGCUGGGGAGGGUUCGAGCUGCAGACGGUCGCAUGGACGCCAGAUGCGCUGAUUCCAGCACUGAGAAACAUGACUGUUCCUAUCAACGCUGUUGUCAUACCGGAAGGCUUUUUCCGCGGCGAUGGCACUGGCAUCACAGGCGAUCUCUACUACUGGCUAGCGGUUCAUUUUCUUAGUGUCCAAGGUGGCACGAUUGUCCUUGUCGGAGGAAUGAAUGGCGAGGGUAAAACCAGGGAACUUCUUAGAGACCUCUUCAACAUACACCUCGAGCCAGCUGGCUUUUUUUCGUACGACGAUGCUGAAAGUGUUCCUCAUCAGACACAUGAUAUAUACGAUACACCGCCGUACGAGGAGGACGAAGGGAUCGACGAGAGUUUGUUACCUGGUAAACUCUGUCACUUGUUACACGCAGGAUGCAAUGGUGACUGUUAA